CGAAGCCCGCGCACAGCUCCCAGGAAACAGUCCAGUCUUUUUCUAUGCGCCAGCCAGUGCACAUCUAUCCAGGAUGGACUGUGGAUGCCCUGGAGGUUAACUUUGGUUGACCUCACCAGGGGACAACCCAUCUCCUCCUUGAAUUUCUAAACCAUCCCUUCUACCUUUCUGCCAGAAGUUUGCAAAGGGGAAAGUGAAGGGACCCACUUGCUUGACUUGAUCUUGAAGUUAGAAAGGGAUGAAGAGCAGGAGAAGUCCAGCAGCUGGUCCUUCUUGAGCCAGCCUGCCUGGAUCCAAGGAGCUUGCUCAGCUGGCAGCAAUGCUCCCCCCAGAUCAGGAUCAAGGCUGGAGCCCAAAAAACACGGGGGAAGCUUUCAACGUUUGGGAUUGAAAGACCAGGGGUCCUAAACUCUCAUUUCCACCGGCCCCAGGCUUUUGACAUCCUAGAAGACCGACCCUGGGAUAUAAUCCACCAUGAAGGGGAUCUUGUAUAUUUUGACCCUGAUCCUGACAGAAGGCAUGGCAGAGGUGGUUAGAUCAGCCCGGGACUGCCUCCAAGCCGGGGAAUCCUGCACCAAUGACCCCAGCUGCAGCUCUAAAUUUCGGACCCUCCGGCAAUGUAUUGCUGGCAACGGGGCCAAUAAGUUGGGGCCAGACGCCAAGAGCCAGUGCCGAAACACCGUAACGGCCCUUCUUUCCAGUCAACUCUAUGGCUGCAAGUGUAAACGGGGCAUGAAGAAGGAGAAACACUGUCUCAGCGUCUACUGGAGCAUUCACCAUACCUUGAUGGAAGGCAUGAAUGUCAUGGAGAGUUCCCCAUAUGAACCAUUUGUGAGGGGCUUUGACUACGUCCGAUUAGCUUCCAUCACUGCAGGCUCUGAAAAUGAGGUGACGCAGGUGAACCGUUGCUUGGAUGCUGCCAAGGCAUGCAACGUGGACGAAAUGUGCCAGCGUCUCCGGACGGAGUAUGUCUCCUCCUGCAUCCGGCGGGUGGCCCGGGCAGACACCUGUAACCGCUCCAAAUGCCACAAGGCCUUGCGGAAGUUCUUUGACCGGGUGCCCCCCGAAUACACCCACGAGCUGCUCUUCUGCCCCUGUGAGGACACAGCCUGCGCAGAGCGACGCAGGCAGACCAUUGUCCCAGCCUGUUCAUACGAAGCCAAGGAGAAACCCAACUGCUUGGCCCCGCUGGAUUCCUGCAAAGGGAACUACGUCUGCAGAUCCCGGUAUGCCGAAUUCCAAUUUAACUGCCAGCCAUCCACGCAGUCGGCCACCGGAUGCCAGAGAGAAAACUAUGCAGCAUGUCUACUGGCCUAUACUGGAAUCAUAGGUAGUCCCAUCACCCCAAAUUACAUUGACAACUCGACCUCCAACAUAGCACCCUGGUGUACAUGCAAUGCCAGCGGCAACAGGCAGGAGGAGUGCGAGACUUUUCUGCACCUCUUCACCACGAACAUCUGUCUCCAAAAUGCCAUCCAGGCCUUUGGCAAUGGGACGUACCUGAGUGCCGCGUUGGGCCCUUCCACGCCUCCGACAACGCAGAUGCGCAAACAGGAGCGGAACGCCAACAAAGCGGCAGCCACCCUCCAAGAGAACAUCUUUGAGCAGCUACAACCCACCAAGAUAUCAGCCGAGGAGAAAAGCUUACGAGACGCCACCCUUUUAGCAUCCGAUGCCUCCAACACAGCCUUGGUGCUGACCAUGAAUGGUUGCUGGAUCCUGGGGUGGGUUGCCUCCACCAGUACAUACCUCCUGGUGUCCAUGUGAACUGGACUGAGCCCACACUCAAGAGCUGAGACUGAACUGCUCUUCGUUGUUGUCGUUUUUCAGUAUGGAGUGCUGGGGUGAAAGAUCAUGCCAGCCUCCAUCUUCCUCCUCAUCGCUCUAAGAAGGAAAGAAACUCAUCUCAUCCAGUUGUUUAUGAUCACCUUCCCUGGGGAGCAAUGCUGUCUUCAUCCAGGGAGGUUGCCAGAGAUCAGACCCUUCUGAAGAAAUCUUUGUGAUCCCUCACGGACCCGUGCAAAGGUCACCCUUAAGACUAAUGCACAUUACCUUCUUUUUUUACAUUGGCAGGUCAGUAAAAGUUGCCAACUUUGGUGUGAUAAAGCAGCUACUGUCAGAAGCCAAACAGGAUGCAAUCCUGUCACCAUCUUGGAGCUUGUGUUUAUGUGCCUUCUUAUGGCAAACCUAUCAUGGGCUUUCCUUGGCAAGAUUGAUUCAAAGGAGA